ACUGACGUGACCGUCUUGCAGGUGUCUCAUGUAUGUCUUGUGGAGGUGUGACAGUAGGGCUUGGGUAAGUGUACGCUUCUCACUGGAUGGGAAUAGUUGUCAAAUUGAAACACUCUGCAGGGGCCAGGAAUAGCGUGGCUUUUCAGCAUCUCACAGCGGCAGUUUGUCUGGUCUCUGGUAUAGGGGCAGGCUGUUGGCUAUGGCCUAUUGUGACUAGCCACACUCCAGCUCAAAGUAGCCAGCCUGUUACAUCUUAAAGAAGAAUUAAAGGCAGAAGCAGGAAGAAUAUCAGGAAUUCAUAAUAGCUUGUGGAUAAACUGAAAGUUUGGGUAAGUCACAGAACAAUUUCAUUGGAAACGUUCUAGUUAGAUUUUUAGUAUGGCUAGACAGAAUGUAUUCCUAGCAUAAUCUUCUGUACUUAAUUGAAACUAUUGAUGGUUAAUAGAUAAAACUGGGAAUUCCUCCCUGCUUAAAUGUCAUUUCUCUGUCUGCUCCUUAGGGGAAAAGUUGUUCUUGCUAGCUUGUUUGGGGUGAGGGGCUUACAGUCUCAGGUUUCUGUACAUGCUGUUUCAUGUGUGAAUGGACAUUAAAGAAUUCUGGUACUUCCUACUGGAUAAUUUAUGUCCCUGCCAAUGUUCUCUUUUGUAGUAAAAUGAGUUUUAACAUUCAAGUCUGUGUAUGAGCUACAAACAAGUGCAUCCAUAGCUGCUCUUAGCACAGUGACUGCUGGUAGCUAACACCUUCCUCUGUAAAGUGCUUUGAAAGCAUUAGUGUGUGAAAAGUGCUAUUAAAACCAAAUUCUGAUCUCAUCUGCUGUGCUCUUUUCUUCUCACACAGCAGCCCUGUCUCACCCCACUUUAUUAAUAAGGGGUGUCUUGGUUGAGUAAGUAGUGAAAAGGAGACACCCCCCCCAAAAAAAGAAAAACAAAAAAAAGUAAUGUGUAUUGCUAUAUGUGCCAAUUUGAAACCAUCAAACUUGAGAUCCUGGGCUGAAUAAGUAGAGUGCUCCAAGUUUUCAUAAGGAUGCUGUAAGUGAGAGAGCAGUCAUUGGAGGGGUCAACGAUGCGGGUGUAGAUGGAAGCAGGGUCAAAUGUUCAAGUUAGGCACAGUGGGCAUGUGCUGGGGGGAGGGGAGGCAUUCUAGGGGCAUCUCACCUCUAUAAAACUGCAAUGCAAAGGUCAAUUGUAGAUGAGGGAAGGGAGAGGCUGAAAAUGAUGUGCCAUGGGUGAGUAAGGUGUAAAUCUGGUCCCAGAUGGAUGUGGUGUCAGAUAAAAACACUAGCACUGUAGGUCUUUACAUAAUUCCAAGAAAAACACUUGUUUUAAAUAUAAAUGGGAAACUCAACCUUAUAGAUACUGUACCCCCUUUACCAGGGAUGUAACAAUACUUGUGCCUGUGGCUUAUACAGGUGUAACAUAGUCCCCACUCCAGAAAGUAUGCAGUCUAACUUUAGAUAUGAGGUUCCAAAUGCAGUUAACAAGAAAUGAAGGAAUAGAGAGAGAAAAUGUUUAUACAAAUAAGAUCACACAUUUAUAUACAGCCUUGCAGACACUCCUGUAAGACAUGUGUACUGGGCACCAUUAAAAAAUGAAUGUUUGCAGCACUGUGUACCUUGUUACUAGAAGGAGGAGGGGUCGUCUCUGUUUAUUUGCAGUCUGUGUACAGGAAAUGCCACAUACCAGGCACAGGUGCUUAAAUAUACUACGGUAAGUGGAUAGUCAUAAAUGACAUAAACUGUAUAAGUAUUUUUAUCCCACUUUCCAGAUAGGGAAAUUGAGUCAGAAGUUGAGUAACUUGCAUAUCUUCUACAGAGAAGAUCGACCAUCUGGAGGCCGAUCCAGCAUUUGAUUUAGUGGGUCUAGUGUAGACUCUCCAAAUUGAACACUGAGGACAACCCCCCACAGGCAUCCAGUGUUCCUAAAUCUGCGAGGAGUAAGGGAUGAUUGGCGCAUAUACUCUCAUCAGCCUCCCGCAGUGUAGAUGCUGCAGCAGCUUUGCUUAAGGUAAGCCAAAUCCAGCUAUGCAAUUUGCAUAGCUGAAUGGCGUACCUUAAGCCGACCUACUUGGUCCAGUGUAAACCUCAGCUUUGAGUGCAUAAUUGUCAGGAUUACAAGUGAAUUCAUGGUUUGAAGUCUUUUGCUCAGACCAUACCAUAGGCUGACCCACUGCAUAAAAUAAAGUUAGCACAGGAUAGUCAAUCACUUGAGUACUCCUAUCUUGAUGCUUUUAACAAUGCUAUGUUAUACUCUCGAGGAGGAGACUAUUCUCAAAUAGGAGCGGAUCUUGACUCCAAUGUCUGUGCAUUAAUCGGUAUUUCAGAAUUGCUGCUAAUGCAGAAUCAAAUCCCAGGGUCUGGGGUGGUCUGUGUUUCCUCUUCCUGAUGCUGAUUUUGCUCAGUGUUUAUAGAUAAUGUAGUGACCACCUGUAUAUUGAGUUGUCCCCACUGUUCCAUCUGAAUCCCAGUAGUGACUUUGGUGGUGAUCUGCCUGUCUUUAUGCCUGGACCCUUAUUAUGGGAGCCAAUCCUAAAAGACUUCAGAAGACAUGCUCGUUUCUUCCAGAAGAUACCGAUUUAUAAGCCGAGUUGCCAUUUAUUUAAAGAACGAGAGGCAUUAGGGAGGCAUCCUGUGCUGGAACUGACCCCCCAGCUAUGAAGGCUAGCAUGUUAGCGCUUCUGCAUCUAUUUCUAGAACACUUAUAACAUCCUGGGCCUUUAUUAAAUUGUGUGCAAUAGUGUGCCUGGUCUUGUAUUGAACAUGGAGGAGUCUAGGACCUGCCUGUGAGCAGUGUGGAAUGUAAAUAGACAUCCCUUCAGCAGACAUCUGAGUACAAAGCAACAGGUGACCAGAAAGGGGGGAGAGGUCAUCACAGAGUCGCAGGAGACUUUCAAAGAUUAGUAGAGUUACUUUGGAUGGCAGACUACCCCAAACAGUGACCCCAGAGGGAGUCUCCACCCUCAGCACUUGCUUUCCACAUUAUUCCACAUUUCUUUCCCUCUCUGAGCAGUCAGCCGCGCAUUCAGUUUUUCCAUCCGCUGGUUUAGAAAGUGCUUUGAAGACUCACUGGUUGCAAUUUCUGAGCAGUUCUGUCCAGGAGACUGUGCCCAGGUUAUGACGACUAAUCCCAAACCAAACAAGACAUUAAAGGUAAAGGAGGAGUCAGGAGAGAACGCCCCAGUGCUGAGCGACGAUGAACUUGUGUCAAUGUCUGUCCGGGAGCUGAACCAGCACCUGAGGGGUCUCACCAAAGAAGAGGUCAUCCGCCUGAAGCAGCGGAGGCGCACGCUCAAGAACCGGGGCUAUGCUGCCAGCUGCCGCAUCAAACGUGUGACGCAGAAAGAGGAGCUGGAGAGGCAGCGGGUUGAGUUGCAGCAAGAGGUGGAGAAGCUGGCCCGAGAAAACAGCAGCAUGAAGCUGGAGCUGGACGCCCUGCGCUCCAAGUACGAGGCGUUGCAGACCUUUGCGCGCACUGUUGCACGGGGGCCUAUUACUCCGACCAAAGUCGCCACCACUAGUGUCAUCACCAUUGUGAAAUCAGCUGAAAUCUCAUCCAGUUCUGUGCCAUUUUCAGCAGCAUCCUAGUGCCCUAGAUGGGGGAACUAGCCACCUUUUGGAGGGGAGGGGAAAGGGCUCUUAUGCACCGUUCUAGAGUCCUUGGUCACUUCAAGAAUUGGCAUUUUAACAAUUCCUUCCUUCUCUUUCAAAAGUCCAAAAAAAAAAAUCGACAAAGGGAACGUAACUGGCUGCUCCUCUGUGAACUUAGUGGUUCUAUGAAGCUCUUGUGGAUGGGAUUAGAGCUCUGUAUCUAGUCUGAGCUCUCGCUUCCUCCACCCCCUGCCUCCCCAACCCCCUUUAGGCUGUGGGCAGCUUCCCAAUUGGAAGAGGAUACCGGAGGAGCCUUCGAGCCUUUGUGAAUGAUGUUCAAGAGCCAGGUAACAGAUGGACUGUAGAAAUCAUGUGAGAUGAAUGUAUAAAGAGUUUCCUUCAAUGGCAUCCAUCUCCCAUUAAGAAGUUACCUCACCCCGCCACCACCUUCCUCUGUCCUAGAGUGGCAGAGACAUAAACUCUAAAGCAGAGUUCAUUCCACCAUGCACUGGGGCAGAAGAGGAGGGUUGGUCAUACAGAGAGUAAUAUGUUUGGAUGAGACCAUACCAAUUAGGAGAAACCUUCUUGUCGUCAGCCCAUUACUGGUUACCAGUUUACAUGUUUUAAUGUACCCCAUACCUGUGUGGCCUAUAAAACGAAAUUGCAGCCUCCCUUACACAAGCCAAGUGUACCAAGAGCUCCUUCCCCAAGAUGUGCCUGUAAAUUGGGUAUAUUUAUGCAGUUUAUUUCUUCCAGAUGAUCCACAGGUUUGUCAUAGUGGCUUAUUCAGGGUUCCUUGAAGCUCAAGGGAGGAAGACCCAGUAAAAUUUAAGAUGGGAGGUAUGUUGGGAGGCCUAGAGAGAAAUAUUAGAAGUAUUACUGAAGCAAGGCAGAAUAGGUUGCUGUGGGGGGAAUUGUUCUUCGUGAAAUCAGCACUGUGAAAAGGUAUUUCUGGAGAGCAUGCUAGAAAGAUGUGUUAAAAGCACUGAAGUAAUCAGAGGGCCAGUAGCGUAUGUGCAAGAAGAUUAAAGCCAGCAGAGUCCUGGAUGAAGGAGACAGUGGUGGCUAAAGCUUUUGUCCCAACCUCAGGAGCCAUGUAUACUGGUCUUUGCCAACAGGAGAUGGGGUCUGGGGUGCUGAGUGGAAGUUAAAAAGAGGAAGAAAGAUUCUUAACCCAAUCUCAGUCAUUAAAAGCUGAGUUCCAAAGAGUAAAAAAUAAAACCUACAGUGUUUUGUGUUGAUAGGAUUUAGAGAAUCUGUCUGAAGAUAACCUUGAAACUCAUCAUCCCUUGGGGUGUGUGAAUUAUCCCAAGAGAUACAGGGAGAGCAGAAUUGGAGUGGUUGGCUUUGAGGGGAUGGUCAAAUUGGGGUCAGUAAGUAGGGCUUAUGGUUCUGAAGGACAGGCGUGGCUCAGCAGCAGGCAGCCAAGCAAAGAGUCCUGAUCUUUAGCAGGUCAGUUUCUAGGUCAGUGUAAAUAUAGCUAUGUUGAUGUUUGUGCGAUUUGAAGUAGGAAAGAAAAGGGAUUGCCUGGUGUUCCAUAGUAGGGCAAAGACUUGAGGGUGUAAGCUUGGGGGGUUCUAGAGCAGGCGAGAAAAGGUUGAGACUCCUGAAGUUUCAUAGGCUUGGAGGAGAUGGCAAAUGUUCAUAUUCAGAAGUUUGGCAAGCUAGUGUUCCAGAGUAAGGUACAUAGGAGAAGACAGAGAAAAAUGACUGGUGUUUUAGACUAACCCAACAGGAUAAAGGAAGAUGCCCCUGUAAUUAAACAGGACAGAAAAUUAGCAGCCUAGGCCAGUGUAAGAUACUGUUUGUGAAGUCACCUUGUGUCUUGAAUAGUAAGAAGAGUGUGUAAGUUUAGUGAAGCCCCAUCUUUUUAAAGGCAAACACAGGUUGUUGUUGGCUCACUUUUUGCCCAGUCAUUGGAGUCUCUGGGUUUCCCAAGAAGGUACUUGAGUCAAGUAGUUGGGGAAGCAGAAUGUGGUUCUCAUUCAGUCCUAACUAUCUACACUGAUGACUUUACUGAGCCAUAGAGUGUGUAAGAGUAAUGCUGGCUUUUAGCCCACCAGAUCCAUCUCCUCCUAGUGAAGAGCAAGAAGUUACCUACAAAUACAGUUUGGGUGGUAUUUAGCUCCACUUCUGUACAUCUCCUAAAAGGCAGAUUGGUGUCUUGCAUAUUGGUACCAGUUACUGGCUCUCUUCCCCCCCCCCCUCCCCCCCAGCAAAAACUGAGUAAGAAGGAUAUUUCAACAGUACCUUAGUUGCUUUUCAUGUUCUGUAAUUCAAAAAUAUUUGGAAAUCUUCCCAGAUUUUUAAGGUGCCUCUAUUAAAACAGGCAAUGUCUAGACUCCUAGCACUGGUGGAACUUUAAAAAAGAAAAACAGGAAAAUAUCCAGUAGACUUGGGAAUGACUGAAUGUUCCCAGUUUCUAGAAUAUCUCCACAAAUGUCUUGACAUUCUUGAAUUGAUAAGACUACCCCGCCCUGGGGCAUCCCUCUCUGUACCAAGGAAAUGAGAUGAACUCGGCAAGAGCAUAAUGGGAGUUAAACAUCAUUCUGUUUGGAUCUCUUGUUGUUGGAAUGAGCUGGGGAAUAUAUCUGAGUUCUUUACUAGUACUUCCAUUAUGACUGAGUAUUUUCAAGCUCUCAAAAGGUGCCAAAGCCUUGUCCAAGUGAUUGCUGGUUUAGUGCUAGUAGGUGCGUAAUCUCUGCUCACUCAAUCAAGAAUGAGGCCUGUGUGUUAUUAAAGCUGUUGAUACCAUAACCAUGGUAGGUAAUCCAUAUUGGAUAUCCAUAAGGACCACGUGGAAAUAUUUAAAAAGAGAAAUAUAUAUAUAUAUAUAUAAUUAUAUACAUUUUAUUGUACAGAUUUUUCGUAACUUUUUUUUCCAAGUUUGAUACUGUAAAUCUUUACUAAAAGAAAUUGCCAGUCCAGGGCUUCUGGGGUGGCAGUUGGGGGGGG